UGUCACAAUGUUAACGCAGACUUAGUGUACCUCAAGGCGGAUGUUCGACCAUCGCAGGCCAUAAAUCAAAAGCCUUGGACAGCAUGGGCUUGCGUAAGGCACACCGGACAGGUGAUCACUGCUGGUUGCUCGUGUAUGGCUGGGAAAGCAAGGGUUUGCAGCCAUGUUGGUGCAAUACUGUGGAAAGUCGACAUGGCUGUGGCCUCGGGAAUGACCGGCACAUCAUGUACUGACCGAACAGCUCAGUGGAACAGGGGAACAAAGAGGAAUGUGGAACCUGUCCUGCUUGAAGAUAUGGACUUUAAGCUGCAAAAACGAACUGUGGACUCCGAAAACAAGGCCCCAAAACCCACACGAAAGUUUCAUCACUUCGGAAAUGAUGUAGAGCUGAUGAACCACAUUGGGAGGAAACCAUUUUCAGAUCUCUUCAACAUUCCUGGUACCUUGCUUCAUAGUACAUUGAAUGCGGCUGCUUGGGACCCACGUGCUACUGAUCUGCCAAGCCAGCCUCGCCACUCACAUGCAGACCCUUCGGAACUCCCAAAAGGCUGCGACCCUUGCAGAGUAUUUUAUCAAAAGUUUGUUAUGCUUUCGAAUGAAGGACGGGCUUCCCUUGAAUUUGCCACUAGGGAACAGGGGUGCCCGCUAUGGCGCAUGGCCAGGCGCCUUCGCAUAACUGCAUCAAAUGUGAAGCGGGUUCCUAAAAGGGAAAGCACUGAUCCCUCGAAAGCUGUUUCUGCGCUUUCAAAUUCAGGCUUUACCGGUAAUGCUGCCACAAAGCAUGGGCUGAAGUAUGAAGCCAUUGCAAGGGUAGCAUUUACGAGGAAGACUGGUUUGGCUGUAGCGCAGUCGGGUAUGGUAGUGAGCAGUACACAUCCUUGGCUGUCUGCAAGCCCUGAUGGCAUCUGUGCUGAUGAUGCUCUAGUUGAGAUCAAGUGUCCCACAGUUUCAGAUUGCACGGUAUUAAUUGAAAAGGGAAAGUAUGAUGUUAAGCUUGUGAAUGGGGAACCUUUGCUUUGUCCAGGUGGCAAAAAUGGUUACUAUGACCAAGUGCAGUUUACCAUGUUUUGCUGUGGCAAAAGCACCUGCUAUUUUUAUGUGUGGUCGGCUGAAAGUGAUGUCAUUGUAAAUGUGCCUAUUGACACACGGUACAUUGAACAGAACUUGAAGAGGCUCAAAACAUUCUACUUUUUGCAUCUCCUGCCUCACCUUGAGGACCUACAUUAUAAGAAAAAGCUGGCUAUGUGCAAAAAGUAUGACGAGAUUUGCAAUUUGUGA